AUGCCCCGUCAAUCCAGUGAAAAGAUUGAACCAUCUGAUGUGCAGAUAUCAGAGCCUCCGAAUCAGAAGAUUGUUGUAGUUGAAGUAUGUCAUACCAAUUCAAUUCUAUUAUUGAUUUUACGCGUUUAGACAACUUCUUGCCGCCAAGUCCAGCUUUGUAACGGAUGUGCUCACAACGUCGCUCAACUCCAACAUGACAACGCCGUAUUUGCCUUGAAGAGUGAAUGUGACAAGGACUUUGAUAUCCCCGACAAUUCGAGCUUCAGACCACCCUCCAAAAGAGGAAUCCCGAUCUCAAACAGCACUCGAGCUAUUGCCAAAAGAGCAAAGCUUGAUGUGAACUCUUUGAGGGGAAAGAAUUUGUUGGGUUCAGAUCUUCAGAAUUACUCAACUGAAGCCCAAUUCACAGACGACAACAGGAAAGUGAUCUUUCCGGAAAGUGAAUAUGAUAUUCUCGAGAAAAGAUUGAUCGCCCUCGAAUCAGAGUUGCAGCAUUCUGGAGGCAAUGAAGGUAUGAUUUAAAUUUGAUAGAAUUUUUUUUUUCAUUUGCUUUUUAUUAUGUUGUUUUAGAUCCCGAAUUCAAAAGACUGUGCAAGAUGGGUGUCAUUUACGAAGAAAAGUGGGCUAGGCUUUACUGCAGAGAUUAUCAUAAACCGAUUGUAAGUCUGAUUUAAUUUUUAGGUGCAAAAAUUUUAUCUUUUUUAUUUUCCUUGUUUAGAAUGAAUAUCGAAAUGAAGCUAUCGGUGUGCUGAAACAGAAUCUCAACAUCAGAAGAGAUGGACUGAGACCUUUCAUGAGACUCAUGCAAGCCAGACAACAUCCAUAUACUACCGAAGUUACUACCAGAUCCAAAAGAGACGUCUUGGCCGUCAGUCCAGCCGUGAACAUUGUUGCUGGUCGAAUGACAACACCCAAAGAGUACAGCAAAGGAAAUGUAAAAAAGACGUUUGGACAUUGGUGGGUCUAAGUGGUAUAUAUUUUUAUUUCUUAGCGUGCCCAUUACAACCUUGAUGACUGGACCUUAUUAUAAUUACUCUUAUGUCCAAAAUGAUCAUUGUUAUAUGAUAGAGAACGAGCUUUUCGAUGUGGAAAGCAGACUGAAAAGAUGCGCUCCCGGAACAAAAGGUAUAAUCUCCAUAAAAGUUAUGAGGAUAUCAAUUUAGAAUACAAACGAUUGGUCGAAGAAGGAAAACGCCUAAGAUACGAAUGGAAACAAACGUAUGAGGAAGUGAGGAGAACACGGGCGGUCAGCCAGCCCGUUGCUGCUUAUGAUCUCAAGAAAUGCGUGGUUGUAAACCGAGGAGGGAAGAGAAUCGCGGUUCCUGUCACCGAUGAGGAAAUCAGCCAGCAAUUAAUGGAGGGCGACAUUGAUGUAGAAGUGCAGGACUGA